AUGGCUCCAGCGUCUCUUGUGGAGAGCCUUGAUCACGUCUUGGCAGACAAGGAAGCUCUCAGCGAGUUGCGUCAAGACGACAUAGUCCGUCGUCGUCUUUGUGAUGCGGCAACCCGAUUAAGCCUGGCCAUGGAAAGCCAGGGUGAUAGCAUUAAUAGAAUCAGAGAGACGCCUUUGCAGCUCGCUCUAGCCAAGGUAGGGGUUGACAAGGGUGUUUUUGAACGACUUGCAGAGGCCAAACGCCAGGGCAAGGUGCUCACCAAUGCCGAGUUGGCUCUCAAUACUGGUAUCGAUCCAGUCUUGUUGAAGCGGAUACUCCGGUAUUGGGAGUCUUUGGGGACAAUUUCGCAGCCGGGUGAGGACGAAUACACGGCCAACAACGUCACCGAAGCCCUCGCCUCGGUUCAGGGACGCACCGCUAUCGUUCACAACUUUGACACCAUGGUGCCAGUGUUCAUGGUUCUACCAGAGUAUCUGGGUAAGCAUGGCUACAAGCCCAUCAAAGAUAUUAUGGACACACCCUUCCAACUCGGCCACAAGACCAAACUGGAUCCCUGGGCGUGGGGUCAGGAGAAACCCGAACGGUACCAGAACUUCCUGGCGUGGAUGACGCACGCGCGCGAGGGGGACCCCAUGUUCCUCGACGCCGUUGACCUCGGUGAGUAUUUCCGGGGAAGCAAGCCGGAUACUGUGCUGUUCGUCGACGUCAGCGGGUCGCGAGGACUCAUGGCCAUUGAGGUGCGCAAGAAGUACGCACAGGUUCCUGGCCGGGUAAUCCUCCAAGACCAGGAUUACACCAUCGCGACUGCGAAAAAUGAUCCUGAUCCCGGAUUUGAUACAAUCGAGACCGCGAUACACGACUUCUUUGCCGGCCCGAAUCCUAUCAAGGGGGCUCGUGUUUACUACCUCCGCAAUAUUCUUCACGAUUGGUCGGAUGCGAAGUGUCUAGAGAUAUUGGCCAGCGUGAAGCCGGCUAUGUCCGCAGAGUCGGUCCUUCUGAUUGACGAGAUUGUCUUGCCGGAGAAAGGGGCACCGUGGCGCGCUGCUCAGUUGGACAUUGAGAUGUUGGUACACUUGGCCGGCGCCGAGAGGACGGAGAAGGAGUGGCGCAACUUACUUGGUGCUGCCGGGUUCAAGGUCAAGAGUAUACGCAAGUACUCCCUAGAUCGUGGCGAAGGUGUGAUUGAGGCCACGCUCAAUUAG